GGCUCAGCCUCCUGGGAGGGGUUACGCUUAGCCACGCCCCAUGCUCAGUCGGGAAGAGAAGCAGGAAGCAAUAAGGAGUAUUAGACCCGGGCUGGAACCCUGUGUGCCGCAUUUCUAACAAAACCGGUCUCUGAAUGUAUGUGACGUGUUCAAAAUGUCUGAGGACUCUUUGCAAAGUGCAAAUGCAGUUUAUAAGUCCUCAGACCAUAUUCAUUCCGAUUCUGAACAGGAAUCCUUAUUGGGAGAACAUCGAGUAAAACCAUAUUACACCCAUAAGCCAGUGGACCAUUACAACUGCACAUACAUUAUAUUUUUCAUUCUUGGCGUUGGGGCUUCAUUGCCCUGGAACUUUUUUUGCACUGCAAAACACUACUGGAUAUACAAGUUCAGAAACUGCACAGAUGCACCGCUAAUACAGCAGCAUGAUGUCUCUGACAUAAGCGACUACUUUGAAAGCUAUUUCUCCAUUGCUUCAGCUGUUCCAUCGGUGCCAUGUCUCAUACUGAAUUUCUUUCUCGUCAACAGGGUUUCUUCCAAAGUGCGAAUCCUCUCUUCGUUAGUGGUCAUGCUGCUAAUUUUUAUAUUGACCACAGUGCUGGUAAAAAUUGAUACAUCUGCUUGGACUAAGGAAUUCUUUGUAUUAACGCUAUCAUGUGUGGUCAUUCUCAGUGGAGCAUCAAACAUUCUUUCUGCCAGCGUCUUUGGCGUGACAGGACAGUUCCCAAUGAAACAUUCCCAGGCUUUAAUAUCUGGUCAGGCGAUGGGCGGCACUAUAAGUGCAGUGGCAGCCAUAUUAGACCUGGCAGUAGCAUCCGACGUCACUGACAGCGCUCUUGCUUAUUUUCUUACUGCAGUCGUUUUCACGUUAAUAUGCAUCAUUGUGUAUCUGAUUCUUCCCAGUAUGGAAUAUUCCAGGUAUUACUUGAGCAUCUCUAAUGAAAAAUCCUCCAGUUCUUCAGUGGAAGGUGCUGCUACUGGAGACAGUCGCCCUACGUUGGAAGCAAACUCUCCACCAAUAGUCCCCAUUCUGAGAAAGGUUGGAGUGCUAGCCACCUGCUUGUUCUAUAACUUCUUCAUCAGCAUCAUCAUCUUCCCAACCAUCUCUGCAAGCAUAGAGUCUGUUAAUAGAGAAAGCGGCAACGUCUGGACAACAAUAUAUUUCACUCCCAUCACAUGUUUCCUCAUAUAUAACUUUUCUGACUUUUGUGGACGGCAGGUCACUGCAUGGGUCCAGAGCCCUGGACCCAACAGCAAGAUCCUGCCAACCCUGGUUUUUCUCCGUACUUUAUUUAUUCCCUUGUUUAUGUUCUGCAAUUACCAGCCCCGAAAGCACAUCGCUACAGUGAUUUUCCAGAGUGAUGUCUACCCGGUAUUUUUUCUCUCACUCUUUGGCUUAAGCAACGGAUACCUCGGAACACUCUCAAUGAUCUAUGGUCCAAAAGUUGUCCCAAAAGAGUUGGCUGAAGGCACAGCCAUUAUUAUGUCUUUCUUUUUAGGUUUAGGCUUGGCUGUUGGUUCAGCCUUCUCUUCCCUUGCUCAGUUAAUUUAGACUUUCAACAGUCAGCCAUUCCUAGAGUAUUAGCAGGCCAACAUGGGAAAGACCAUUUUGUGACGACUUUCCUUACGUUAAACUUAAUCAGAAUUUUAUUUGAAAAAGACCUAAGUAGAUAAAAAUGAGUGCUUGUUUGUGCCUGAGAAAAUGUUUUAAUGCUUUUACAUGUUUUUAUUACUGAGUCUUGUCUAUUACGAGCUGAAGUUUUUAUGUGUACAUUUUUUUUAAACCACCAGUACAUAAUUUGUGGAAUAAGAAAUAUUUACAAAAAAUAUUUUGGUGCUUUACUGCAAUAUAGAUCAGAGACGCCUAUCAUGAAGACUAUAGUUGUUUAAUGGCAGCUCAUAGGAAAUCAUGGGAGUUGUUGAUCAACAGCUGGCAAUCCACUGGUUGGACUUCCAUGGUACAGAUGAAUGGACGCAAGGAGCAUAAAUCACCUUUGAAGCUAUUUUAACUGUUGUGCCAUAAUCAUUUUCAUCUAUGCACUUUUUUUUAAUUACAAAGGAAACUGGAGACAUUUCUUUCUGCUCUUGAUCUGCUUGACUUUGUUACAAAGAGGUAGUGAAACUUUUCACAAAGGUCACACCAACUAAGCGAGGACAGCUUUUCUCUGGCUAAUCAUUAGGCCAUAGGAAACGCCACUGGCUAUUUUAAAGGGACAGUAUAUUGUUUAACAGAAGCACAAUAAAUAGGAUUUGUCUCGGA